AUGACAACGUUCGAUAUUUAUAAUAAACGUUUGAAGAAGGAAAAACCUUGCUUCAAAUUAAAAAGAGAUUCUCCUUUAUCUUUUCAAGAAUGUAUUGAAAUAUGGUGUGAUAUCGAAUUAAUUAAAUAUAAUAUACAUGAUGAAAAGCUUUUAAAAAAGUUAAGAUACGAAAUAAAAGAAAUAAUUUAUUCAAAUAUAUUAUAUAAGACAAAAAAAAAUUUUCAACUUUUUCAUAUGUUUUAUAAUUUUAAAUAUAAUUAUAAUGUACAAUAUGUAACACGUCAGUAUAUGUUAACUUUAAGUACGAAGGGUGAUGAUACCUAUUAUAGUUUCCUAAAAAGGUAUUAUGUGGAAAAAAAAAAAAAUAAAAUAAAAUAUGGAAGCGUCGGUAAUUAUGAUAAUAAUAAGAACGAUUGUGAUGAUAAUACUUUUAAUUGUUCUGAAAAGGUUAUUAAGAAUAACACAUAUGAAUCAUAUAUAUACAACAAUAAUAAUAAUAAUAAUAAUAAUAAAACAAAUUGUGGUGAUAAUUUUAAGAGAAAAAACAAAGAAAAAAAUGUUGAUAACAUUAGUUACAACAAUAUUGUAAAAGAUUUUUUUGAUGUAUGUAAAUAUUCAAAGGAUUAUAAGAAAGAGAAAAUAUUUUUUAUGAGUAAAUUAUAUACAUGCAUGAUAUAUUAUUGUUAUAUAUUAAUAAAAAAUAAAUAUUAUCUUGAUUUUUUUUGUUUAUAUUUAUUAUUGAAAUCUUAUUUUUUCAUAGAUACUAUAAUAAUAAACAAGUAUAUAGUGUUAGAAAAAUUUACAUGUCAUAAAAAAUUUCUACGUCUUUUAUUUUUAUUAUGUAAUAUUUGUAAUGCUAAAGAUACAGAAGAAAAUUCUAAUAUAUAUAAUGAAGAAAGAAUACAAGAUACACAUAAUAAUAUAUGUAAUGAUUUAUAUUAUUAUAAUUGUACUAAUAAUAUAGAAGAUUCUUAUAGUUAUAAGAAUCCUAUAAAUAACAUCUCAUAUUAUCAUAAGAAUAAAAUACUAAAUAGAAAACAUUUUUAUUUAAUAAAUAAAAAUAAUAAUAAUAAUGAUGAUGAUGAUGAUAUAAAUAUCGGAAAUAUACAAUUUUUAUCUUUUAAUUUAUUAUUUUAUGUACCCCUCAAGAUAAAUUUUAAUGAAAUGAAUUUUAUAAAUUUUCAUACAUUAAAAUAUAAAUCAUUAUGUAAUUAUAUCUUAUCAUUUCAAAAUUCUUAUACAAGGAAAUUUUUAUUAAAUUUAAACAAAGUGAAUAAUAUAACUUUUAAAUGUAAAGAAUAUUUCUUUAAAAAAACAAAUUUAUUUACAGAAAAAAAAAAUAAUAACAAUAUUUUAUUUUAUAAUGAUUAUUUUCCAUCUUUACAAAAAAGAAAAAUUAAAUAUAAUAAUAUCUUUAAUCAUAAAACUAAUAUAGAUGAUGAACAGCAUACAAUAAAUAAUAUCCUAGUAUAUAAUUAUCAUCAAUCUAUGUGUUCACAAAAUAUGUAUAAUAUUCCAAAUAGCCAUUUUAAUGAAUAUGAGAGGAAAUUAAAAGAAGAUACACUUAACAACUUGAAUACAUUAUUCUCUCCAUUAACACCAAUACAAAAUAAUAAUAAUAAUAAUAAUAAAUAUAUUCAUGAGAAUUAUAAUCAUUAUGGGAAUCAUGUCACUAAUCUAUUUGUUGAUACCAAAAAAAUGAAAUCCACCUUUUUAUUGAACCAUAAAGAAACAGGAAACCCUUUUUCUCUUAAUAAUCGUAUUCUCCAAGACACAUCAUUUAAUAUCCAGAAAAAGAAAAAAUUUCAUGAUUUUAUUUUUAAUAAUAAUAAUUAUUGUUAUUACAAUAAAAUGUUGUCUUUCCAUAAAAAUGAUAUAUAUAAAGAUGACGAUGAUUUUAUAAAAAAUAUUCUAUACAUGCAUUAUUCACCUACAAAAAACAUGAACGACAUAUUCACAUCUUCUUAUAAUAAUAUAAUAACAAAAAAAAUAGGACACAACGAAAUAGUAAAAAAUAACAAAACAAUAAGAAAUACAUCUAACCAAUUUUUAAUCUCACCUUUUAAAAAAAAUGAAAAUUUUAUCUGGAAAAAAUCCUUUGUUAAUGAUACUAAUGUAUUAAAAAUAUUAGAAAAUAAUAUUAUCCAUACUAAAAAAGAAAAGUAUAAAAACGUUUUCUUAACAAUAAUUAAUAGCAUGUAUGUAUCCAUACACGCUAAUAUUAUUAAUAGUCUUAAUAAUAGAAUUGACGAAUACAGAUUUGUAAUAUUCAAUAGAUUCUCAAACAUAUGUAAUUUGAAAAAAAAUAAUUAUAAUAAAGAAAAUGUACAUACUAACAAAGAUUAUAAUAUAUGGAAAAUAGAUAUUUUAAAUUGUCUUCUUGGGUACGAAGGAAACAUAUUUAUGUCGGGAAGGAACGCACACAUGUUUAAAAGGAACAACGAAAGAAAAGGGGACAACAGAUAUAUGGUAGAAAAAAAGAAGAAAGAUAUUAAAGGUGUGGAAAGCAUAAAAAAUGGGGAUGAAUUCCAAAGAAGGAAUUACAAAAAUGGAUACGACGCUUCAGGAAACUCCAAAAAAAAAAAUAUACAUAUGAAAAAAGAAAUUAUCCAUUCUUACAAUUGUAAAAAAAAAAAAAAAAAAAAAAAAAAAAAAUCAGAAUGUAUUUACAUAAGUAAAGAUAUUAUUUGUAUUAAUAGCGAACUAGCCAUAUGGUUAAAAAAGAAAAACAGAAAUAAACUUUGUCUUUAUUUUAAGCCUUUACAAAAUUAUUUCUGUUCUAUGUAUUAUCAAAAUUAUUUACAUAUCUUUAUGUAUUUUUCAAAAAUCGGUACAUUUAUAAGAUAUAUCAAAAUAUUUAUUCUUGUGUUUACGAGAAUUAGAAAUAAUGAAGGAAGUACAUUUAAAAAGUUCAAAAUGGUUAGAAAAAGGGCAAGUAAUUAUAUAAGUCCUACAUAUGAAAAAAAAAAAUAUAAAGAAAAAAAUAAGAUGAAAGGAAAUUAUAAAAAUAUUGUACGAGAUGGAAAUAUACCGUUAGGUGAAAUUUUUGUUACAUAUAUUAAUUGUAUUAAAAAAUAUUUAUUAAUUUAUGAAAAUAAAAUAAGAAACAUUAUUAAUGAUAAGAAUGUAAAGAAUCCUUUACAUAUAUAUUUACGUAUAAAAAAAUAUGGUGAGUGUAUUGAAUUUUUAAAUUUUCUUUGUUCAUGUUAUAUGAACUAUAAAGUAAAGAGAAUGUUUUUUAAAGAACGUCUUAAUUUUUAUAAAUCACUUGAUAACGAUAUAUUGUUUUCAUCAUCUUUUAAUAAUAAUAUAUGUACAAAGAAUAAAAUGAUAAGAGAUUAUAAUAAUCUUUCGAAUAUUAUAUAUGGUUUGUCUCCUUAUAAACAUAAUAAUAAUAAUAAUAAUGAUAUGUUAUAUAAAAAUAUGAACUUAUGUUUAAAUGAGAAAGAUGAAUUUAAAAAAGUUUUAAAUGGUGAUAAUAGAAUGGUACAUAAUAAAGAAACACACAUUGAUGAAUUAAAUAAAAAAGGACAAGAGAAUUUCUUAAGAAACGAAAAUUGUGUAAAUUUCAAUUCUUUAUUUUUUUAUCCACGUGGUAAUGAACUAUUAAAUUAUAUUUAUAUUUAUUAUAAUCUUUUUGUUAAUACUCAAAAAAAGCACCUUACUAAAUUAUGUAAGUUUCUUUUUUUAAAAAUGAUAAAACCAUUCUUACAUUUCCUUUUUACAUAUGUAUAUAUGGGUAUAAAUAAAGAUUAUAGUUUCGAGUAUAUAAUUAAUACAAAUGAAGUAGCUCAUUUCUUUUUUAUUUUUCAUAAUGGAAAGCAGUAUUACGACCCCAAAUAUUUAUUGUCGCAUGUGUGUAUAUCUCUUCCGGUCUUUUUGAAUUAUUCUAUGGACGUCAUAUAUAAUACAGCACUCCUAUCAAGCAUUUUACGUGUAGCCAACGAAGAGUAUUUUUUUCUAGCCAUUCCAAAAAAGGACAAUUCAGAAAACGAGAAAUACACACAGAAGUAUGUUGAUAAAAGAAAUAAUAUGAUUAGUAUUAGCAGUAGAUGUAAUAUGGAUAAUGAAAAUGUUGAUAUUUUGAAUUUGUUGUUUUAUACCUCGAUGGACAAGAUAAGGAGCUUCUUACAACUUUAUAACAGCCCCCAAUAUAAAAAAACAAAAGAAAAAAAUGAUAAAUACGAAAACGUGUUUAUUAAAUACUGGAAUGAUGAAAAAGAAUGUGAAGUUGCUUACGAAAAAAUAAAACUUGAUAUUAAUAAAAAAUUAAAAAAAGACGUUUUAAUAUUUUACAAUAUGUUAAGUAAUCAUGUUAAUGGUAUGUGCAUAUAUGAAAAGAGAGCGUGGGAAAAUUAUUUUGAGGAAAAGAAAAAAAUAGAUCCAAAAAAAAAAAAAGUGGAUAAAAUAUAUGAAGUUGAAAUAAGAAAGAAAAAGAAUAAAAAAAAUAAGAAUAGAAUAAAUAAAUAUUCAUAUAAUAACAAAGAAUAUAUUUUAAAAGAUUUAAAAAAAUCUCAAAAAAAAAUAAAAAAAAAUAAAAAAAUAAUAAUUAAAAUAAAUAAUAAAUGUAAUAUGGAUAAUAUGGACAAUAUGGAUAAUAUGAACAAUAUGGAUAGUAUGAACAAUAUGGAUAAUAUGAACAAUAUGGAUAAUAUGAACAAUAUGGAUAGUAUGAAUAGUAUGAAUAAUAUGAAUAAUAUAUACAAUAUGAAUAAUGUUUAUAGUAGAAUAUUAAGAAAAUUUCUUAAUAUAAAUAAGAAACGAAAAAAUAAAUUAUUUUCAUCAUAUUUAAAUAUAUUAAAUGGUUGUUUACGUAGAACUAGAAGAAAAGAUAUGAUAAAAAAUAAUUUCAUUUAUAAUAAUAAACAAAAUAAUAAAGUAGUUGAAGAUAUAAAAGAAUUGUAUUCAUUAUCGAGUGUUCACAAUUUAAUAGAUAUAGAAUGUGGGUAUCAAGAAAGAAUGAGAAAGGAGAUGUUAAGAUUUGAUAUAAAUAUUGAGCACAAAGAGAAGUUAAUAAAUUCUUUUAAUUUUGUUUGUGUGGAUAAUAUAUCAUUGGGCUUAAAUAAUAAUAAAUCAUUGGAAAAUAAAAGAAAAAGAGUUGCAUACAAACCAUAUGGUAGUAGUAAAAAUAUAAACAUAAACAUAAACAAAAACAAGAAUAUAAAUAUAGAUAUAAAUAUAGAUAAAGGUAGUAACAUGAACAAUCAAUGUAACCAUCAAAGUAACGACCAGAAUAAGAAUAGGGAAGAUAUUCUUUACAAUAAUCAUUAUAAAUAUAUGAUAUAUUCUCAUAAUAAACAUAAUGAUAAAAGAGAACGUUUAAAAAAGAACUCUGAUGGUUUUGAAUAUAAAGAAAAGGCUUAUAGUUGGAGAAGAAAUUUUGAAAUAGAAAAUAUAAAUUAUUUUAUUUAUAGAAAUAUAUAUAGACCUAUUAAAUAUCACUAUGAUAUAACAAAUAAAAUUUUGAUAAAUUCAUUUUUAAUAAAUAUGAAUUUAUUAAUAUAUUUUUAUUUAUUGAAAUGUAUAUUAUUUGAUGAUAUGGAUGACAAUAAUAAUUUUUUAUGUAAUAUAUUAUUUAAUAAAAGAAAAAAAAUAAUUAACAAAAUAAAAAAUGAUGAUUAUAAUGAUGAUAAUUGUUGUGAUCAUAUAUAUGUUAAUAAAAAUAAACAUAUGGUACAAUAUUUUUUGAACAAAGAUUUUUAUACAUCAUGUAAUAUUAAAAAUAAAUGUGUAGAUAAAGAGAGAUUAUAUUAUACAAAUAUAUCGACUAUAUUUUUUUAUAUACAUUUUAAAAUAAAAGUUCCUAAACUAUUGAGAAUAUUUUUUGAUUAUAAAGUAGUUAAUUAUUAUAAUGAUAUUUAUAGAUUAACAUCUUUAUUAUAUUUUUCUUUAUUAAAUUUAAAUUAUAUAUUUUUAAUAUUCUCCACUUUAUGUCGUCCCACAAUUUUCCAAUGUCAAGAAUUCAAAGGAGGAAACCCCUCCACAUCAGAAGGCUUAAACAAAAUAGUACAAAAGAAUAAUGUUAGAAGGUUAAAAACGAACAAAUUGAAUAUAUAUAAAGAAAAAAAAAAUAUAAAUUUUAUUAAGAAUGAUUCUUAUAAGGAUGAUUAUAGAAAUGAUGAUGAAUAUAGUUAUGAUAGUAGUAACAGCACUCUAAGUAGUGAAAAUUUAGUAACGAACCAAACAUUUAAAGAAAAAGAUUUUAAGUAUAUGUAUAUAAUUAAUAAUAUUAAAGAUAAUCAUUUAUUAAAAAGCGAAGAUUAUAUAAAUUCAUGUCCAUGUUACAUAACAAAGAAUACAAGUAAUGUUUAUUUUAUAACUAAAGAAAAAUAUGUAAAUGUAGGGUUUCAUAAGAAUUUUAUACAUUUUAAAAAGUUAAAUAAAUUUCUUCAAAAUAUAAAAAUAUAUAAUGACACUUUAAAUGAUUUAUAUAAAAUAAGAUCAGAAAUGUAUUUUAUAAUAAAUACUUUAUAUGAUUAUUUAAUGUAUAUGAAUCUUUGUAAAAAUUAUUUUACCUUUUUUCAAAAAAUAGUAACAGUUCAAAAUUUUUACGAUUUAAUAAAAAUACAUGAAUCAUUUGUACAACAUAUAUUUAAAUUAUCUUUUUUUUCAAAUACAGAUUUGUCAUUUAUUAAAAUAAUAUUUAAUAUUAUAAAUACAGUAAAUAUAUUUAAAUACAUAAUGAAGAGUAUUAUCCCAUUGGGGGAAAAUAUGAAACAAUUAGAUGUAUUGAAAACAUGUAACAUAAAUACAUAUGAUGAACAUAUAUUAUUUAAUUCUGAAGAAUGUAAACAACAUGGUUAUUAUAAGUCUUUUCUUUUUUUAUUUGAACAAAAUUUUAAAAUUCUUGAACAUAAUAUUAUUCUUCUAACAUCUCAAAGAACACAAGAUUUUAUAAAAAAAUUCUACAUAAACAGGAAUCAUUUUAUUCAAUAUGUAAACAAAUUUAAAAAUACUGACCUUAGUUAUAUAUAUCAAAAAUUUUUUUUUAAUGAAUACUAUGCUCAUUUGUGUGACGAAAGUUACGAUACACCAUAA